AUGCUUAUACGGUUGCUCAAAAUCCCUCGGUCGCUGGUCCUGCUGCUCGCCAUCCUAGCUUUCUUCACAUGGCAACUCAGUCAAGGCUCAAGCCAUGAACCCACUGACGCAUCGCCGCGUGCGCCGGGCAAGGCCAACAAAAAGACAGCGAGAAUCGCGUUGAUGACAUUUGUCACCGAGCAGAGAUCGUACUUGCAUCUCUCGCUCAAGAAUAAGGACCAUUAUGCGCGCCGCCAUGGCUACGAUUUUGUCGUCGAUUAUGAGGCGCACAACGACCGUACCGUCAUGUUCUGGAAAUUCGACAUGGCUGAGAAGCUCAUCAAGUCCGGCAAAUACGACUGGUUAUGGUGGAUAGACUUUGACACGCUCAUUACUAACACCGCGACCAAAGUGACGGAUAUAAUUGAGGACGAAUUGCGGAACGCUACGAACCCCGAUGAUAUCGAUUUCCUGCUCACGCACGACUGCAACGGUUUGAACGCCGGAUCAUUCCUGGUUCGUGGGCACGAGCGAUCACUCAAGUUCAUGCAUAAAUCAGUGGCUGUGUACGACGAGGCAAAGAGGAAGGACGUCAGUAUGAGUGAGCAGGAUGCCGUUGUCAAGUUGCUGAAUGAAGACAAAAAAUCUGCAAAUAGAGCGCGUGUAAUACCGCAAUGGAAGCUUAACGCCUUCCCUUCUGAGAUUGCCUGUUUCGAUGAGGAGCAAAAGGUUUGGGAACACGGCAUGUUUGUCCUACACUUUGCAGGAGCGUGGGCCCACGUCAAAGGAGAGGACCCAACAGGCUACUUGAUGAACAAGUAUGAAGGAGAUAUCAUGUGGGGUGAUUGGAAAGAGUUUUACUGA